CCUCUCGAUCUUUCUCCCAUCCUUGGUUUCGGCCUCAGCCCUAUUACAAGGGCCAACGCGCGCGCGCUCAUCCUUCCGGGGGUUCGGGCGACGCUUCCAGCUCAAAAUACGCCUUGCAUUCCUCAUUUGCCGAAAAUGCCUUGCUCGGCAGGCCGUAUUCGGUGAUGGUUAAAAAAAAACACCCAAGAAGUCCAGCAUCACGUCAGCACAAUGGCCGGCGAACAUGAGCAGUACGCAAACCCCUUGCUCCUCGACUGGGUCAAGGAGUGGCUCGACACGGCAAGGGAGCGGAACAUGAAAAGCACCUCGACUUACCGAAACGCCUACGAGUCUCUCAAAGCAUGCCCCAUCACCUUCAAGCACCCGCGCCAGCUCACCCAGCUGAAGGGCUUUGGGGACAAACUCUCCUCUCGCCUCACAGAUAAGCUGAAGGAACAUUGCGAGGCCAGUGGUCUGCCUAUGCCUAAGAACCCACGCUUGUCCAAGGAAAGUCAUGCAUCCCUCGGUGGGACUGCUGAUGAUGACGAACUGCCGCCUCCCAAGAAGGCGAGAAAAGCGAAGCCCUACGUCCCGACAUAUCGAUCUGGUCCUUACGCCAUCCUGCUGUCUCUCUCGGCCUUGGACGAGGACGCUCAACUGGGCAUGACAAAGGCCAAUCUCGUCGAGCUAGCCCAGGAACACUGCGACUCGUCAUUCAGUGUGCCUAGUGACACUACCAAGUUCUACACGGCCUGGAACUCGAUGAAGACACUCAUAGAGAAGGAUCUCGUCUGCGAGAAGGGUCGCCCGCAAAGGCGUUAUUCGCUCACUGAUGAAGGAUGGGAGGUUGCCAGACGCAUCAAAAAGACGACACAGCCAAGUGGUAGGGUCGAUGACGUCGUGGCAGGUCCCAGUGCAGGCUCCAGUGCCUGUCCUGAGCCUGCAACAGGACCGGAUCCGGUCACGAUAGCGCCAAGCAGGGACGCCUCUCUAUCAGUCGAGCCCGUGGAACAACCAAAGCCCAAGUCGGUAUACGAAGGUGUCGUCGCAAAUGGCCCAGUGGUCUCGGAUGACGCUUCAUUGCCGACCUUUACCCCGAUCCGGCUCGCGCCGGGGUCUUUCACGGUUCAUCUCGCAUUGGACAUCCGCGAAGUCCGAGCUGUGAAAGACCGCGAUUACAUGCAAGACGAGCUCACCAAAAAGGGGGUCAAACCCCUCAUGCGAGCGUUGGAGAUAGGCGACGCACAGUGGGUUGCCAAAUGCCACGAUUCUGCCGCCCUCGCUCGCCACGGUGCAGAGGGCGACGAGGUUAUCCUGGACUGGAUUGUCGAGCGCAAGCGACUCGACGAUCUGGUCAGCAGUAUCAAGGAUGGCCGCUUCCACGAGCAAAAGUUUCGACUCCGGAAAUCCGGGGUCAAAAAUGUGGUAUACAUCGUCGAAGAGAUUGCCAUGGACUCGGGUUACUACUCCAAGGUUGAGGAGAUGAUCCAAUCGGCCACCGCCUCCACUCAAGUAGUUAACGGCUACUUCCUGAAGAAGACACAGAAGAUGGACGACACGAUUCGAUAUCUCGCACGCAUGACCUUCAUGCUCAAGAAGAUGUAUGAAAGCAAGCCUCUCCUGGUGAUUCCGACAUCAGUCUUGACGGCGCAGAACUAUCUGCCGCUGCUGGAGCACCUGCGGAGGAAGGAACCAUUGACUGGCUAUUAUAUUACGUAUCCGGCGUUCGCAUCACUGGCGUCCAAAUCGGAUAUGAUGACCCUGCGAGAUAUUUAUCUGAAAAUGCUAAUGACGACGAGGGGCAUCACAGGGGAGAAGGCACUGGAAAUACAGAAGCGGUGGAAGACACCGCACAAUUUCAUCAAGGCGUUCCAGGAGUGCGGCUCGGGCGAGCAAGGCGUCAAGAGAAAACGAGAGAUGGUCAUUGACGGCCUGCCCAAUCUCGUGGGCCGCAAAAAGAUCGCCAAGGCUGUCAGUCAGCGGCUGGCCGAGGUCUGGGGCGAUGCUUGAG